AUGCUUACUCGUAGAAUUGCUCAAGGCAAUCUUACCCCCUUGGAUUCAGAGAUAGAAGGCACUUGCAAGUCGAAUAGGAAGCAAACGAGGGGAACUAGUUUGCCAAUUCACGACACAACGGCGGGUUCUACUUCCUCACAAGGGGAGGAGGAGGAGAACACACCACCAAACUCACCUGCGCAUUCAAUUCACCAGGACGAAGAGGAACCCCCAAGACUCGACAUGGCAUUGAAGGAUGCUUUUGUUCCGAUAGCUUCGGAAUCCCCCUCAUGCAUAGCUUACACACCACCGGGCAAUCAAGCCUUCUCCAUUCCUGUGCAGCUCCUUAACUCGUUGCCUAAGUACUCUGGCACACCAUCUGAGGAUCCUAAUGUUCACAUUAGGGAAUUCUUAGAUAUUUGCAAGCUGCAAACCAUUCAGAACAUCCAACCAGAAGGACUCAGGUUACUUCUAUUUCCCUUUUCUUUAAAAGAUGAUGCAAAACGUUGGUUGUACUCGUUACCUGCAGGUAUCAUCACAACUUGGGAUGAAAUGGUUAAGAAGUUUUUGAAACAAUAUUUCCCCGCUCAACUGACAAAACGACUAAGGAGGGAGAUUCAAAACUUCACUCAAAAGGAUGGAGAUACACUAUAUGAGACAUGGGAGGAAUUUCAGGAGUUGCAGAGGAAGUGUCCCCAUCACAACUUCAGUCUGAAUGACCUUGUCCAAUUUUUCUAUGAUGGAUUGGACAUAGCUAAUAGGGGCAGCGUUGAUUCUGCGUGUGGAGGGACUUUCAUGAAUAAAACCGGUCAAGAAGCAUAUAAUCUGAUUGAUGAUUUGGCCGACAACAAUAGACAAUUCUACACAAGGGAUAAACGUACAAGAGGACGAGGAGUGUAUGAAGUCGAUUCAAGGAACCAAAUGGUGGCUGUGGAAAGAAAGAUUGACAUGUUAAUGAAUGCCUUAGGCAAUGGCAUUAAGGAAACACCUCAGGUAUGCUCUAUUUGUUCUUAUUCUGAUCAUACUACUGAUAGAUGUCCUAUGUCUGCUAUGUCUGAGGAACAGGUGAAUUACAUGGGGCAACAAAGGCCCAAAUAUGACCCUUACUCGAACACGUACAAUCCGGGAUGGAAGGAUCACCCAAACUUCCGUUGGGGCGGUAAUGACGACGUGGUUCGACCUACUCAAGGCGUCUACAAUGGACCACCUGGAUUCCAACAAGGGGCUAGGCAGCAAGUCUAUCAACAAACUCCUCCUCAACAAUCCUCAAGCAAGUCCUUGGAAGAACUAGUGAAGGAGAUGACUCUGAACACCGCAUCUUUCCAAAAGGACACCGCAGCUUUCAUCCAAAGGACUGAGAUUCAGUUUCAAAAGCAAGAUGCCUUAGCUCAGCAACAUGGACAAGCUAUUAAGAACUUGGAAAGGCAAGUUGGGCAACUUGCAACGGUGAUGCAAACUAGACCUCCUGGCACCCUCCCUAGCACAACCAUUCAAAAUCCUAAGGAUGGGAGCAUGGCUGAGCUCAAUUCAAUCACUUUAAGGAGUGGUAGACAAUUGGAAGAAGUCUCUGGGCACCAAAGAACAUCCAAGAAAGAUCAAGAAGAGAAGGAGGAGCAAAGAAAUACAAAGGAGGAAAAGAAAAUCAUCGCUGGUGAAAAAACGAUCGAUCUCACGGGGGCUGAUCAGAAUGUUCAUGUUUUUUCCCCUCCAAAGGUAAAAGAUCCUACUCCUCCUAAGUUGGUUACUUCAUGUAUUCCUUUUCCUCGCAGGUUCAUGAGCUCUAAGAAAGAUCAAGAAGAGAAGGAUGUCUUGGAAACUUUCCGUAAAGUCCAAGUUAACAUACCUCUCUUGGAUGCUAUAAAGCAAAUACCGCGAUAUGCUAAAUUUCUUAAGGAGUUGUGCUCUAACAAACGGAAGUACAAGGAGAAGGAAACUGUUGCUUUAAGUGAAGAAGUGUCCGCUGUACUUUUGAGAAAGUUACCUCCAAAAUAUUGA